UUACACCGUCGGAACAAGUCAGGUAAAGGUGAAAAGCUCUUACAUGUCUGAAACAAAAGGAAACUAAUUAUUUUGAAUCAUGAAGCUUUUUCUCUUUGCUCUAACCACAUACGUGCUUCUGUGCCACGUGAACGGAAACUGGUGGGAGGAUUAUGAAGAAAGCAUAAAGCACCUCAGUCAGGAGAAGCUCUAUCAGGAGUACCCAGAUAAAGUUCGGCAGCAGAAUUUCCAGCACCCACCUUUCAGUUGUCCAGACAUGACCCCGUCUCCCACUGUACCCACAUCAGUGGAAAAGGUGAAGGCAGCUGACAUUAAAGUCAUCGCAGCUUUGGGAGACUCUCUGACUACAGCCAUCGGUGCCAAUGCGUCUACAGUCAUCGGAGUGCCAUUCGAGUAUCGUGAUGUGUCAUGGAGCAUUGGAGGCCAUGGAACAUACCGCGAUGUCAUCACUCUCGCAAACAUUGUGAAACUCUUUAACCCAGAUGUGAUUUUUCCAGCACCGAAAGUAACCUUGAACGGACAUCCUGCAGAUAUUAACAUGACCGGCUUUAAUUUAGCCAUCACUGGUCACAACACAGUUAAUUUCUCUGAACAGGCCAGGAACAUGAUUGACACCUUCAAAACCUAUCCAGGGUUAAACUUUAUAGAAGAUUGGAAGCUGGUGACCAUUUUAAUAGGCAUGAAUGACAUCUGUGAUUAUUGCAAGGACAAAAAAUUGUUUACACCUGACAACUUCAUCAAGUACCUCACAGAAUCGCUCGAUAUGAUGAAGAAUGAGGUUCCUCGACUGAUUGUGAACAUGGUGCAGAUUUUUACGAUGAAACCUCUGAGGGAAGUUCAGAAGCCCAGCCUUGGCUGCCAGCUCCAAAGAAGUUUCUGUUCGUGCUUGGUCUUGCCUGAAGAGAAUUCCACUGAACUGGCAGAGCUGAGUGAAGUCAAUGUUGAAUUCCAGAGGAGACUGGAGGAGCUGCUGAACAGCAAUGAUCGCUACUUUAAAGAGGAUUUUGCUGUGGUUCUGCAGCCGUAUGCAACCUACGCCCAGCCUCCCAGACUGGCUGAUGGCAAAAUCGAUUUUAGUUACUUCGCUCCAGACUGUUUCCAUUUCACCAUAAAGGGUCACGAGGAGCUCGCCAAGGGUCUCUGGAACAACAUGUUUCAACCUGCAGAUAAGAAAGAGUUAAUCCAGACCUUCUCAGAGCCUGUAAAACUCAUCUGUCCAUCAGAGGAGCAUCCUUACAUAUAUACCAAACCCAAAGCUCUGUCCUCUGCAAACCAUCUGCAAGUCAUCUGGACUCUUUUAACCCUUACAGGCCUUGUUACCAUCUACAGCAACAUACAUUAAGUGUAUUCUUUAUACUUCUGUCCUGUCAGCUAUUCUUAAUGAGUUUGUAUGAUCUGGAGAUCAUAAAUAUGGAAUAAAUACUGUAUCUGUCUUACAUCACACAAGUGACCUUUUGAGGUAUGAGGGGAGGAAUUUAGCAUUUUGCAUCACUAUGAUUUCAUCACGGAAACCUUCAGGAUCUAGUAUUAAAAAGGACUCUCUGUGACUGGAACAGAUCUUUCUUUCAGACUACACUAUACUAAGUGAAUUAACUACUAUCAUAAAUACCAUCAUCACUAUCCAGCUAAGUUACUUACAUGUCAUCUGUCAUGUAGAGAUGGAAUACCUGACUAUAUACUGUACAUAAAAACCAGCUUCUGCAAAAAUAGCCACCAAUUUAAAAACGCCCAGUUCCAACUUUCAUGUUGUAGAGAUAAUUUACAUUACAGUUAGCAGAUGCAGAGUGAUCCAGAGUGACGUACAACACACCCAGAGCAGCCUGGGGAGCAGGUGGGGGUUAGGUUCCUUGCUCAAGGGCACUUCAGCCAUUCCUGCUGGUCCAGAGAAUUGAACCAGCAACCUUUUGGUCCCAAAGCUGCUCUAACCUUUAGGCUAUGGCUUCCCCAUUUAAUAAAGUUAACCCUAGAUUUUUCUGAUGUCUGCACAAAUCUGGUAGAUUUUGCCCAUGUGAGCACAUUACUUACAAACAUAAAGCAUACAGAGUAUCCCAUUUAAAACACAGUUUGCCUUUCAUAAAAGGAAAUUACAUCAGACUGCAAUUCCUACGAAUUAAGUCUUGCUUAUGAAGUCAAGAUCCAGGUUGAUUGGAACCGUCUUGCCUCUGAGAGUCCUGUACAAAUGAAAGGCUCUUUAUAGCACUGCCAUUGAACAAUGUAAAACCUUUAAAUAACAAAUUAACAAAGAAAAGCUUUAAAAGGAAAUGGGGAUUCCUUCAAGAGAAAAUGUUCCACUGAUGGGGUAAGAAACAAUAAUAUUGAGCCACACCCUGUAUUUAUCAUAUCCCUGUACUUUGUUUUGUGAGUUUAUCAUACUACGGCCUUAUCACUGACUUUAAUUGCAUUUCAAAAGAUAAUGUUCAUGCAUUUCUCAUUCUUAGAUUGUGAAAUUGCUCUUUUAAUUAGUUACAAUCUCUGAGUAAAAGAUUCGUCUGUAAACUGAUCAGUGACUGAUGAACAGAGAAAUGAACAGACAUCCAUAAUUGUAAAUGUUGAAUAAGUUUAACUUUCACAAAAUGCAUCAGUCGUGACAUGUAUGCAUUAAUGGUGUGUAUUGUGUGUAUAUUGUUUUGAACCUGUAAUGACAU